CUGACACAUCUCUUUCAUUUAAAAACACCUUUGAGCAGAGAGCAGGAAAUGUAAACACACAGCAGCGAUUCAGAUGUCAGUAGAAUUUGAGUAAACCGACGAAAACAUGGAGGAUGGACACUUGUCUCUUGGGAAGUACAUUGUCCGAAGGGAAGUUCUGGAUGAGUCCCGCCUGGAUGUGGUGGCACAAAAAGGGACAAGGCCCAGCAAACCCACCGUGUGUGAACAAUUGAAGGAGAUGUUGAGGUGUUCUGUGCCCCGGUUGAAGGGCAUACUCCUGACAUGGAUUCCCGUUCUCUCCUGGCUGCCUAAAUACACAUUUCGAGAAAAUAUUAUAGGUGACGUGAUAUCUGGCUGCAGUGUGGGCAUCAUGCAUCUGCCACAGGGCAUGGCAUACGCUCUUCUGGCCUCCUUACGCCCCGUGUUUGGACUUUACUCCUCCCUCUACCCAGUACUGGUCUACUUUAUCUUUGGUACCUCCAGGCACAUCUCUGUGGGUACAUUUGCUGUGAUCAGCAUUAUGGUUGGGAGUGUGACAGAAAGGCUUGCACCAGACAGUAAUUUUAUUGUAAACGGGACCAAUGGGACAGAAAGUUUGAACGUAUCUGAAAGGGACUCAUACAGAGUACAGAUAGCAUGUUCCCUCACAGUCCUGACAGGAAUCUUUCAGAUCCUGCUGGGUGUGGUGAGGUUUGGUUUUGUGGUGACCUACCUGUCUGAGCCACUUAUUCGAGGCUACACUACUGCAUCAGCGUGCCAUGUGUGUGUCUCUCAGCUUAAAUACCUGUUUGGAGUCACACCAACUCGCUUCACUGGCCCUUUCUCCAUCAUUUAUACUGUAGUGGAAAUUUUCAAACUUCUGCCUCAGACGAGGAUCCCAGAGCUGGUGGUCAGCCUGGUGUCUCUUACGAUUCUCAUUCUCUUUAAACAAAUUAAUGAUUGUCACAAACGAAAGCUGCCAUUACCAAUCCCUAUAGAGCUCAUAGUGAUCAUCACAGCAACAAUCAUAACCUAUUUUUGUGGACUCCGCAGUGAAUACUUAAUUGAUGUGGUUGGUGAAAUUCCCAGUGGGCUCAAGGCCCCUCAUGUUCCUGAUACCACUCUUUUCUCAAAGAUUAUAGUUGAUGCUUUCACCGUGGCCAUUGUGGGCUAUGCCAUCACAAUUUCCUUGGGCAAAACAUUCGCCCUCAAACAUGGCUACAAAGUGGAUAGCAACCAGGAGCUUGUUGCUGCUGGCCUCUGUAAUGCCAUUGGUGGUUUGUUCCAGUGUUACGCUGUGACUGCCUCGUUGUCUCGAAGUCUUGUACAGGAAAGCACUGGGGGAAAAACACAAGUUGCUGGGCUGGUCUCCUCUGUUAUUGUGCUCAUCACAGUUUUAAAAAUAGGCUCCCUGUUUGAAGAUCUUCCCAAGGCCGUCUUAUCCACAAUUGUGUUUGUGAAUUUGAAAGGAAUGUUCAAGCAGUUCACAGACAUCCCCAUGCUGUGGAGGACCAACAGUGUCGACUUGCUUGUGUGGCUGGUCACAUUCAUAAGCACCAUCCUGUUCAAUCUGGACAUGGGUUUGGCCGUUUCCAUCGGCUUUUCCAUGCUCACAGUCAUCUUUAAAACACAACUACCCAGGUACUCAAUCUUGGGCAAUGUAGCUGGCACGGACCUGUAUCUGGACACAGAGGCCUACAGAGAGGCUAAAGAGAUCCCAGGAAUAAAAAUCUUCCACUCAUCAGCCACAAUCAACUUCACAAAUGCUGAAAUGUACUUUGAGUCCCUGCAGGAGAAGAGUGGAAUCAACAUUGGAAAGCUGCAAACUGAGAAGAAGAAAUGGGAGGCCAAGCAGAAGCGCAAACAAGCAAAAGAGAGAAAAAGAGAAAAAGAUAAAGCAAAGAAAAAUCAGAAGCUAAAUGAGAGGAGGAACAACCUGAAUGGCACGGUUUUGAACCAGACAGACACAGAUCCAAACCUCACUGGCAAAGGCCAUGUUAACUGGGCUUAUUAUCCUGACAUAGUAAUAUCAGACUCAGAUUCAGACACGUAUGAGGUCAUUAUGGAGGUUUCACAUCAAUAUGAAAGUGGGAAAAAGAGCAUUCACAGCAUCAUUCUGGAUGUUUCAAUGACCAGCUCUGUGGACACGGUCACUGUAAAGACACUGAAAAAAAUUUUUGGGGACUUUGGAGACAUUGGCGUGACCAUCUAUCUAGCUGGCUGUCAAGCCUGUGUGGUGGAGCAGAUGGAAAGAGCAAACCUCUUCUCGGAGUCCAUCCCCAAGAGCUGGUUGUUUGUCUCAGUUCAUGAUGCAGUGCUUCAUAUACUCAAGAAACUUCGGGAGGAAGACGUUGUGCUUGGUCUUUCAUGUGAUACACAAAUGUGACCAGCAGGUGUCACAUUUUUUUCAAAUCAAGCAAUCUUCCAAACCUGCUCCACUCCCUCCUCUUCCUCUGCAUGUUUCAUCGGUCCACCAUUGGCUGCUGUGGUCUCCUCCCCCUCCCCUUUUCAGCGGGGCAGAAUCGCCACCUUGACAUGGCGGACGGUUGCCAGGGAAACAAAGGGAUCUGUUGCCAUGGCGACCAGCUUUUUAUGAUAUGGUAUAAUAAGAUGGCCAGCAAUACGUCACUGCGGCUCUCUCGCUGUGUGGUGCGGAGUGCAAGAUAUGGUGGAGGGUGGGGGAUGAGUGGGAGAAUGUAACACAGGACUAAUGAGUUUGUAUUUAUGGCAGACAUGAGAGGGAGCAGAGAAUGUGUGAAAGGCUGGGUGUAAACGGAAACUUAUGGUGGUGGUGGUGGUGUGUGUGUGUGUGUGUGUGUGUGUGUGCGUGUGUGCGUAUCCAUCAGUAAACACUUUUAAAAAGGAAAGCAUGAUAUCUGCCAGUCAAUCAUAACAUUAGUGACCACGCUGUGCUUAUCUACAGUCUAAAUCUUAUAUUUCCUUUCAUUUGCUCCAAAGUGGCAGAUAAGGUGUAUUAGCUGUUAUAUUCAAAUACAGCCAGCUUAAAUCAAACACGAGGAUGUACUUAUAUCACUAUUCACAUUCAUAGUCAUAACUCUAAGCUUCCUUCGAGCCUUCGAACUAAACUGCUAACUUAACAGUUUGUAGCACACUGACUUCCAAUAGCUCACCAGAAGAGAACUGAUCUGACCCUUUUAUGUCUUUUUUCUACUUAUUUUAGAUGUUCCUAUGCACGUAAGCCUGAAAGGUGCUUAAUUUAAAAAUAAGUACACCGAUCAGACAUUAACAGAAACGCCUUUCAAGCAAGACAAUGAUUUCUCUUCCACAACCAUCAGAUGAAUAAUCAACCCGCAGAAACUAUUAAUAAGUCAUUGAUUAUGUUUUUCUUCUUCUUUAAAUCCAGCUGCAGAGGAAAUAAAAUGAUAGCUUUGACUGCUUUAUAGUGGGGCCCUCUAGUGCUGUCAGCAGACAAUAUCUUACUUGCAGUUCUUAAAUUUCAGAUGUCUUAAAAUAAGACUAGCCUGAAAAAUGUUAUGCCAGUCCACAAUAUUUUAUAAACCUUGUUACUUUUGCACCAAGUAGUUAUUCAUAAAGAAGUCUAACUCCAAACAGUGGAUAUUUGUAGACAUAUUUUAAUGGAUAUUUAAGGUUUACCACUUAAAAAAAAAAAUGUAGUCCAGAAAAAAUAUAGAAAGUCAAAAAUUGCAUUUAAAAUUUAAUAGGUCUUGUCCAAACUGAGCGAAAACAAAUGUGUUAAAAGUCCAGCUUUGAUAGCCCAUUUGAUAAACCCUACAAUUUUUCAACCAAAUUUAGACUCAAUAGGCAUUUUUAUGCAGAUAUCUUAUCAACUGUCGCUUUUUCACCUCAUUUUUGUAUUCUUCAUUCACAAGUCUUUUCAAUUACAUUUUACUGUGAGGGGUUGAAGUUAUUUACAGUGAAGUUCAUGCCAUCUCCAUCUUUUAAAGCCUGACUGAACAAAUAAUAGGCAGAUUUCACAUUUAAAUGUACUUUUUCUAACAAUAUAAAUUGGAUUUGUUAUCCUUUUGAUAUCAUAAUUUAUGCAUUGGGCAUUUUUGAUCAUGUAUUUAUUGUAUUAUUUCCAACUAAAAUGAUAUGGAUUGCAUGCAUGAAAAAAUACUCAUGUCAGGAAUCCACUAAAAAGGCAAGCGAUACACUGAGCCACAAAAUAUUUCCAGUUACCACUUUAAAAGAAUAACUUUGCACUUUAUAAUACAUCUGCUUGUUAGAAGGUGUGUGUAGCCACCUUAGACUUAGCUCUUCCACCAGAUGGUAGAUGACAAGCAUAGGAUUUGAUACUGCCGGUUUUGAAGGAAAAUACCAACGUUGUUAACCAGGUAGAAGAUAAUUUGCCAUCGUAGGGAAACCAUUCCACUGAACUAAACUUCCAAACUAUCCCAUUCUGAUAUCUGAGGUAACUGAACCAGAAGUUUUUUUUCUGUAUAUAUAUUUUUUACAUAUUGUACAUUUUUACAAAAUGAAAACAAGAAAAUAAAGACCCUUAACAACA